ACUCGAAUCCCUGUGAAGCCCAAGGUGAGUUUGUCCACGAGACCCAUCACAGACAAGCUGCUUCAGUCUCCUCCCAGCAACGGUAAGAGUAGGGUGUGCGACAUCUGCUCUCUGCUCCAGGACACUCUGGUUUGUGGUGCACUUCGAGAUGGCUGGGGCUGUCAAGGUAUGCGUGGCGCUGGCGGUGGUUUGGACAGCGAGCGUGGAAGGACAGGAAGACGGCUCAUUUUGGUGGCUGACGAACACCACCACCGCCGCCACCACCGCCACCAGCGCCUCAGGGAUUAGGUGUCAGUGCGUGCCCUUCUUUCAGUGCGUGGACGGCGUCAUUACCACGUCAGGCGAGGGUCUCAUUGACAUUCGCUUCGGCGGGACAGCAACCCCGCCCGAAGUCAACGUGGAUGUCUGCUCAGACGUCAUUCAAGUGUGCUGUAAUCUGCCUGGCACUGGUGAGUCAUCCCACACCACGCCAGCACCCACCAUCACCACCACUUUACCCCCUGACACUCCCUGCGACUGCGUGCCCCUUCUAGACUGCAAGGAUCCGAAUCGACUAGUUAGCGACGGGAAAGGCAACACGUCCCUGGGUCUGUUCGGCUCCAACUAUUCUCAUUCCAAGUGCCAGGGUGCUUUUGAAGUGUGCUGCGCCUCUGAAGCCACCGGGCUGCCGCAGAAGGAGGAGGAAUGCGUCUGUGUUACCAGCAACCUCUGCGGGGAUGAUGGCUACGUGGUGACUGACGGGGAAGGACUUAUCAACAUCAGGCACGGUGGAGGAACACCGUCCGUCCAUCACCCGCUUCCAUCAGGCGAGUGUCCUGAUGUGGGUCAGGUUUGCUGCAAGCAGCCCCCCACCACCACAACCCCGAUCCUGACAUCCACCGCCCCGCCGCUGCCUGACUGUGGCUGGAGAAAUGUUGGGGGCGUUAGAGUCCGUGUGUUGGGUUUCAAGGAAGGGGAGAGCCAGUUUGGGGAGUACCCGUGGGUGGCGACAAUUCUCAAGCCCACGCCCAAAGCUCCCCCGCCCACGCUGGAGUUUGUGGGUGGCGCUACACUCAUUCACCCUCGAGUUGUGGUGACGGCCGCCCAUAAAAUAUUCAGGGAGAGGCAGGAUGAACUGGUGGUGCGCCUUGGGGAGUGGGACACGGAGGGCGAGACGGAGCCCUACCGCCACCAAGACUUCAAGGUGUCACGAGUCAUUAUGCACGAGAGCUUCAACCCCACGACUCUCUUCUACGAUGUGGCGCUGCUUGUACUGGAGGAAGAGGUGGUGUUGCAGUCACACAUCAACACCAUCUGUCUGGCUGAUGAAUUGUCUGACGUGGACUGGUCAUCUUGCGUCAUCAAUGGCUGGGGAGUGAAUGCCUUUGGCACAAACCAGUACCAAGCCAUCAUGAAGAGCCUCACCCUCCCUCUAGUGGACAGUGACACCUGCCAGAGCCGCCUCAGAACCACAAGACUUGGCCUCAAUUUUAACCUGCACUCAACCUUCCUGUGUGCUGGUGGGGAGGCUGGCAAGGACGCAUGCAAGGGUGAUGGUGGGGGUCCUCUGGCUUGCCCACGCCUCUCAAACCCCUCAGGCUACUACGAGCUGGUGGGGCUGACAGCUUGGGGUGUUGGGUGUGGGCGUGAGGGCCUGCCUGGGGUGUACGUCAACAUUCCCAGCUUAAAACACUGGAUCACCACGGCUGUCAAUGAAUAUGCAAAUGUUGAUGGCCAUCGUAGUGGUGACCUGCAGACUGGAGGAAGUGAAGAUGAGACAGUGGCAGAAGGAGGAGGAGCAGGAGCAGGAGGAAGGGAGGAAAAGAGGAGGAGGAACCAGGAGAGAAGAGCUCAAAGACAGCAGGAGAGGAGAGAGGAGAGACAGAGGCAGAGGGAGGAAAGGAUGCAGCAGAGAGAACAAAGGAAGCAAGAGAGACAAGAGAGGAGGAAUAUGAAUAGGAAUGGUAGGAAAUAGAGAGAGAGAGAGAGAGAGAGAGAGAGAGAGAGAGAGAGAGAGAGAGAGAGCUAACACAUCAUGGCAGCUAUAAAAACAAUGCUUCAAUUUAUCAGGGAAUAAAAACAUUAAUAUCUAGAACAAUAUUUUUGUACUCAGAUUUAGUUAAAGGAAAAAUAUUAAGUAAUGAAAGAGAAAGAAGACUAAAUGAAUGUGCAUGAGAGAGAGAGAGAGAGAGAGAGAGAGAGAGAGAGAGAUGGAUGUAGCAGAAUAAUCAAUGCACCGUAGAUGAUUGAAUUUGCACUUAGAAUAAAAAUUAGUAAUCUUAAAAAACGCCAACAUCCCUUCAAGUAACCAGGUCAUCAAAUAAAGUUCUAAUAUACAUGAUGAUUUUACUCAGUGUGGCUAUGGGCAAUUAAACUCAUUAACUCCUUCAAUACCAGGAUGCUUUUUCAUAUUCAUUCUGGUUACUUCUGGUGGUUUUAUACAGCUUCAGAAACUUAUAUUGGGAUUAGAAUAGUAAAGACUCCAGCCAUUAAUCUUCUGACUUCCAUAAACCCUUCCUAAUGCAAAUAAAAUAAUCUAAUCAUACCCAAAAAUCAAGGUAAAUAUGCGUCUCGGUGUCGAAGGGAUUAAACUAACUCGAUACCCAAAAUUUAUCAAAGAUCUCUCUGUAUACCAGGAAAGCUUCAAGUAUUAAUGUCAUAGGGCAGAAGAACCGUCUUUGAAACUAAACUGAUCACCUCUUACUCAUUGAUAACUCGGCAAUACCCAAACUGUAUUUAUCCUAUGCUCUGUGUUGGCAAGUGGGCCCCUUUUUUUUUUUUAUUUUUUUUUUUUAUUGCCCUCUAACAUAAGAAAAGAAAAUGUGUGUGACAGUGAUGCAGGAGGCAGAGGACUCAACUUAACACUGCCACUAACUAAUGCUCCUUGAGGACUUAACUUAACACUGCCACUAACUAAUGCUCCUUGAUAACUGGUCCACACAUUCCCAUCAUUGUGAAACGUGCGGCAAACCGACAUUUCCACCAAAGGCUGUUAAUUUCAAGGCACUGGAUUAUAAAAUAGAAGAAAUUUGGUGCCUUAAGUGGUGGUUUUGGUAGGGAUAUAUUAGUAAGUUUGAAGACGAGAAUACAGAGAGCAGUGAGUGAGGGGCAGCAUUAGUCAAGACAGUGUUACCAUCUCUGUCUUCAUCUGCCUGCAUUACUGCUAUACUUGGUGGCUCAAAUGUUGGAGGGAUGUUGUGUUGUAUAACUUUCCUUGUGUAACUUUUCCCGGCCUGUCUUUUGUUACUAACUGUUGUAGCGUUGUAAUAAAGUAUUUCUUAGUGUUGCAGCUUACUUAGUAAGUAACAAGUAUGUAUUAGAAGUAUUGGAGUGAAACAAGUAUGUAUUAGAAGUAUUGGAGUACAGUAUUUUGAUGUUUUUGCAUGAAGUAUUUGAUGUAAUAAACCUAAAAGCUUAA